GUUGCCAUCAACGCCUAAUAUUGAUUGCACGAACCAACCACCAGGGUUCCUUCGCGUUCGUGAACAAUAAUGCGUUUGACAUCAUGCACGCGCGCGCCGGUAAUAUGAACGCGGCUCUAUUCGCGCCCUUGUUAACCAAAACAACGAACGGUAGUCCCAGUCCCAGACUCCCACCGCAGUACCGCACAGCACUGGGCACAGCACUGCACCUCACCUCACCGCACAAAAGUGUCGCGAGCUGGGUCCAGUCCAACGCACCGCCGAGGCCGAGCCAUAGCGACACCCCCGCCCCACCUCGUCAGAGUUAUAUGUAACCUCUGCGCGAGGGCGAACUAACCGUACCGGGAGUCCGGGAAAAAAAAAACGAAAAAUAUUGCCAUUCACACCUCCACUCCAUUCCAAGUGCAGAGGGGACCGAGGGACGAAGAAGGGCCAGAAGGAGAAGGCGCGAUGCCCGACGCGAUACCGGCCUGCUUCCGCCGCGUCGCGGCAGCACCCGGCGGGCGGGCGUCGCCGGGGUCGGGGCCCGGCUCCGGGGUGGGGACGAGCCUGGCCACGUCCGUCUACACCACGCGGCUCGGUCUCGCCGCGCUGACCUGGUCGCGCGCCGCGCUCGGGCUCAGCCUCCGCGCGGUGCUCCGCGUGUCCGCGGGGCCCGCGCCGUCUCCCUCGGCGUCCGACUACGGCGACGGCGAGGUGGAGUACGGGGGCGCCGAGAAGGGCGACGGCGAGGGGGAGCAGGACGCGACGGUGGCCGUGCGCUUGCGGCCGUGGCUGCUGUGGCGGCGGCGCGGGUCCAAGCGCUUCCGCGCGCGGGGCCGCCGCGUGGACCUGGCCUGGGACCUGUCGCGCGCGCGCUUCGCGGCCUCGGGCUCCCCGGAGCCCGUGUCGGGGUACUUCGUCGCCGUCGUGGUGGACGGCGAGAUGGCGGUCGCCGCCGGGGACAUGGCGGAGGAGGCCUACAGGAAGACCAGGGCGCGCCGCCCGCCCGGCCCCGGCUCCGGCCCUGGUCCCGCCCUCGUCUCGCGCCGCGAGCACGUGUCCAUGCGCGACGGGGCCGGCGGCGGACACCGGACCUGCGUCGUCGUGCGCGGCAGGGAGCGGGAGAUCGCGGUGGAUCUCGUCUCGCGCGCGCAGGGCCAGGGCCAGGGGCGGGAGCGGGACAGGGCCGAGGUCGGCAUGUCGGUCUCCGUCGACGGCGAUCGCGUGCUCCACGUCCGCCGCCUGCGCUGGAAGUUCCGCGGCACCGAGAAGCUGGACCUCGGCGCCGGCGACCGCGUCCUCGUCUCCUGGGACCUUCACGACUGGCUCUUCCCCGCGCGCGACGCCUCGCCACCCGCCGCCACGGCUCCGCCCGCGCACGCCGUCUUCGUCUUCCGCUUCGAGCUCGCCGGCCGCGACGGCGAGGAGCGUGACCCGGCCGACGCCAGGGAGAAGGAGGUGCUCCAAGUCGGAGGCGGCUUGGCGGGGUACGUCGACGGUAGGAGGUGGGGGAGAGGGGACUGGAGCGAGAGCAGCAGCAGCGGUGAGAAGCGGAGGACGAGGGGCCAGGCGAGCAGGCUGGCAAAGGCGAGCUCCUCCUCGUCGGCGUCAGUGGCUUCCUCCUCCGCGUCGUGGGCGAGCGGCUCCACCGUCAUGGACUGGGGCAGCCCCGAGGAGGCCGAGCUGCAGAGCGGCGACGGCUUCUCCCUCCUCGUCUACGCCUGGAAGAACUAGCGUGCUUGGGCCUUGGGCUAGCGGCGGCCAAAGGGGCUUGCCCGGCAUUGUUUCGAUUGAUGAUUGGUUCACAGUUCAGUGAGGAUUUCUCUUCCCAUUGUUGUUGUAAGUUGCAGUUGUUCAGCGAGCAAUGUUCUUGUGCAGCUUUGAGUGCUCCACUGACCAAAGCCAUUUCUACCCAA